AUGUAUGACACACAUCACCAAACCAAGCUAAGCCAUCGCCAGGUGCCAGCUAAUUGUGCUGAUGAGAUGGCUAAACAUGAUAGGGGCGAAAACACAUUUUCCACAACAAAAGAACCAACUGACAAAAGCACCGAUGCAUUCGCCGGCGUCACCAUCCAAUUCCUUGUAUCACAGGCAUUAGCUGUGUGUAUAUCAUCCGCCUUGCUAAUAUUGGUGGUUUGUAUUGGUCUUCUGUCACGUCUCGUUACUUAUGUACCACGUUCAUUUUCUCGCCCACCUCGACCUUGUCCAAGCUGGGAUGAUCCAAAACGCUGGAAACACGAGGCUUUAGUUAAGAGCCCACAAUACUAUGCGCGGAACUGUGGCUUUGAUAUUAUUGACGAACAAGUUGAAACGAAAGAUGGAUACUUCUUGCGUGUUCAUCACGUCGUAUGCCUUAAACAAGACGACGAGCUCAGCAAAAUUGGUCGUGGCUUUCCUAUUCUUAUUGUUCACGGCCUUUUCCAGUCAUCUGGGUCAUUUAUUACAUCAGAAGAACGUAGUAUUGCGUUCUGGUUCGCACAAAGAGGGUACGAUGUGUACUUGGGCAACAAUCGUGGUAUAUUUGAUAUGGGACACCGGUACUACAGCCGGUAUAGCCCUGCGUUUUGGGACCACGACGUUGAAGACCUUGCCUUGUACGAUAUCCCUGCACUCAUUGACUAUGUUCGACAUCAAACGGGUUACGAUAAGAUCGCAUACAUUGGUCAUUCGCAAGGCAAUGCCAUUGCCUUUUUGGCUCUCUCAAAAUGGCACUACCCUGAGCUUGGAAAUAAGCUCUCUUACUUUUGUGCACUCGCACCAGCUCUCAUCUGUGGUCCGCUUGCCAAGCGCUUUCCCCUCAACAAGCUGCGCCUACUAGAUAAUAAGACAUGGAAAUUCCUCUUUGGCACGUUGGACUUUACACCCUUAAUGAAAUUCUCUUACGACUGGACACCAGCCACGCCGUAUGCGGCGCUAGGAUAUCAAAUGUUCGCGUAUCUAUUUGAAUGGAAUGAUACCCAUUGGCUGCAGCGUCGCAAGCCAAAAAUGUUCCGGUUCACACCACAGCCCGUAUCUUCUCGUGUCAUGUUUUGGUGGGCUGGAAAGGGUGGCUUUACUACACGAGGCCACAUAUUAGAUCCUAUGUUGCAAUGGUAUGAUGAGAACUUUCCGCCGUUGUCGCUCUAUGGCGGGGGUUCUGACCACCUUGUACUCUCCGGACCAGUCCUGAAGCAUUUUAACAAUUACGAGCCUCAUGUCCGGCUUAUUCGAGAAAUGAUAAUACCGGGUGCUGAGCAUUGUGACCAUUACUGGGCGGCAGAUGCUGUCGAAUGGUGUUUUUAUGACAUUUUGGAUGACAUUGAGCGGACACGUCCUCCGCGAAUGUAA